UAUAAUGUUUGUUAUCUCCAGAUGUAUGUGAAUGGGCAGAAGUGUCCGGAGCUCGUACAUCACAUACCAGUGGAGAAUAUAACUACACUUCACAUUUCUGGAGGUGUCAUAAUGAACACUGUUGGUAUUGUUGCAAACUGGAGCGAAUCUACUUUUGGUAAGGAACUCAAGACUGGGAUCUCACGCACAAAGAGAUCUAACAUCCAGUGUGAUGUCCCACAUCCAGUCUGCAACCCUGACAAAGAAUAUUUGGGAUCAAUCCCUGGAGGCUUGAGACAUGGUGUGGCUUUGUUCUUCCAAGGGGUUGUUCCAGUAGAUUAUGAAUGCUUUGAAAUAAACUUGCAGACCGGGCCGAAGAACCCUCAUGACAUUGCUCUCCAGCUCAAACGAAGUAUGAACUCUGUGGUCCUUAACAGCUGCAUGAAUGGGACAUGGGGAAAUGAAGAGAAGGCCCCAGGAGGCCCAUUUGUUGGAGGAGCAGCUUUUGAUAUCAUCAUGGUUAUUAAACCAAAAUGCUAUGAGGUGAUGGUGAAUGGCCUGGAAUACUGCAAGUUCAAGCAUCGUAUAUCGGUGUACAAAGUGACUACACUUAACAUUAGUGGAGACGUCUUCAUGAACACCUUCGGCAUUACUAAAGUGGAUGAUAUUAAUCUGAAAGUCACAAGUUUAUAUUCUGCUCAGCAUGCCCCCCGAACAAGGAUGAGACUUACUGAUGGUUUUGAGAACUUUAAUCCAAACACACAUAUCACCAACCAACCAACCAACCAACGUAAGAACUUUUGCCUCUUCUAA